AUGAGAGUCUUGGUUGUUUUAUUCCUCGCUACGACUACCGUAUCGGCCACCUAUUGUCCGAAUGGAGCGAUUGACUAUGGAGAUGUGGGAGAGUGUAUAUUGGCCGUGCCCGUCCCGUCGAUCUUCGACUUGGCGCAGACGACGUGCAAUGCCCUCGGCGGGCGUGUCGCCCAGAUUUAUAACGACGUCGAAAAUCUGCUCGCCGUGCUGACAGCUUGGGAUGUGGUCUCCACCGAUCAGCCGUUGAUCACCAUCGGGGUGAGGCUGCGCGACAACACGACCAGGGUGUACGCUGAUGGAACGCCGCUCAACUACGUCAAUUUUGCUUCCGGUGAUGAGUACGCGAAAAUCAGCGACUGCUCGGCGCUGAACAUCACCGACUUCAAGUGGUACGCCACGGAUUGCCAGACGGAGUUGCCCUUCUUGUGCACGAUGGGCGAUCAGAAUCAGAUUAGUUGCCCAAGUGGCUGGGUGCACAACGACAAAACGGACGCUUGCUACUAUGCACAGACAAUCUCUCCAAUGGGCCCGAUCGCCAGCUACACUCAAGCCCAGGCCGAGACCCUAUGCAAAUCGAUGGGCGCCCAUCUCGUCUCGAUUCACAGCGACCAGGAGGACAUCUUCAUCCGCAAUCUGAUCGCGACGAGUCGAAAGGAUAUUCUUUGCCACGACUGGGAGGUGGUCAUCGGCGCCUCGUGCAGUAAUGCCACCGGGAAGACGUGGACCGACGGGAGUGCCUUUGAUUUUGACUUGACGAAGGGGAGCUGCAGCGGGACAUAUGCGAUGAUGAACGACCAGCACUGCGUGGCCUAUCUCCAAACCCGAUGGGAUGACUGGGACUCCACAUUCUCCUUCUCGCGCUUUGUCUGCAAAAAGCCGGCAAAU